AUGCAUAAGAUCAGAACACUGUUUACCACCUCUAGGCUGCAGUGUGCAGAUCUGGUACGAAGGCCUAGUGAAGUUUCUGGAAACCUUCAAGAAUUGUUUACAAAUCCACAAAUUCAUAAUCUCUUGCGCCUGAUCACUUACACUGAUUUAAAUGCAGUUCAUCAACGAAGUUAUAGGAAGGCUGGUGGGGAGACUAUUAAACUUUUAAGUGAUGCUGAACUAAAUAUAGUCAAAAGGUUCACCACAGUUUUCACAGAACAGAAGUUACAAAUGCCACCUGUUUUACAACCAAGAAGUGCCGUAGAAGACCAACUCAUAUCGCAGGACCGCGGCCUACAAGGUCUUAUUCCGGGAAACAUCAAACUGGUUUUUACAGACACAACUUUAAGACGUGAUAGGAAAAAUCGUCUUAUUGUUGUUAGAGAAUCGAAUGGUAACCUUAGGCAUGCAAAUGCAUCUGAACGUGAUCGUAUCAACCAAGUUUACUUUCCUCUUUCCGGUAGGGAGUUAUAUAUCCCUUUGUUGUUUGAAAAUAAGCAGCUAAGCGCACUUUUGGAUCAGGGCUCGUUUACGUAUAUUUUGGAUAGAGCAUGUGUACAGUUUGAGCCGGAUGAUCCUAAUUUUAGUCGAAUAUGCCAUCAUGUUUAUGAUCAUGUGAAUAAGUUAGCAUGGAUUCCGUUUACGAAUGCUAACACUAAACAAUCAGAUAACUGUCAAGUUAAUCCACUGCUGUUACUACGACAUACACGUUAUUAUGGUCCCUUAGCCCUAUACAUGAUAGCUCAGUUGGGUUCCCCUGGUCCUCUUGUUUAUGAGGCCCUUGCUCACCAACAUUAUGAUCGUUUAGGUUGGAUACUACGUCUAAUUUGUCUCAUUCGACCUUCUAGUCCUUUCGCCAUCCAUAUGAAGCCGAAAGUAGAUUUAAUCCCCCCAGCAGUGAUAAAUGCUUUAGAUAAAUGUUCGGAUUCAUACAAAAUUAACCUGAGUUUAUCUGAGGUUAGUGACUUACUAGCAUAUGUUGAACUUUUCAUUAAGGUAGAACCAUUAGACAUGAAUAAACAAAUGAUACUCGAGGAUUGUCUUCGGCAAGCUCGACAAAGUGUCGAAAUGAAUAAAGAAAUGGGACAGAAAUCCUAA